AUGUCUCAACCAGUUGAUGAGUCCCUCGAGAAGUGGAAGAAGGAACUUGAAGGCGAUAAGGAUGAUCCACGUGCCAAUCCAGCUGACGAUCCACGCCGUUUCAUUUUGAAUUCUUUCAAGGUUGUUAUCGAAAAUGGUGAAACAUACGAAUUCGAUUUCACAAAGGACGGUCUUGAGAAGGCUGCCAAGACACCUUAUAUUCUUAAGGAAGGAGAUACAUUCCACUACGAACUUAAAUUCCAUGUUCAUCAUGAAUUCCUUUAUCGUGUAAUGCUUAUCCAGAAGAGCAAGAAGACCCUCGGUUCUAAUGAACAAGAAUUCGAAAUCGGUAACUUCCCACCAAAGAUUGCUGAAUUAGAAAAAAUUAUUCCAGAUUGCGAAGUCCCAGCAGGAUUUAUCGCUCGUGGCAAGUACGAUGUCCUUAACACAAUUGUUGAUUCCAAGGGCACAAAGCUUUUCGAAUUCAACUCCAAGUUCGAAGUCGUUAAGGCUUAG